AUGCAUUCGAGGCUUGACAUCUUCGGCACGUUCACCGCCAAGCCGCACCCCUUCGUGUUCAAGCGGCGCGGAUCCAAUUCCAAGUCGCACCAGGCUGCUGUGCAGAUGUUACUGGCCGGCAAGGCUGCGCCAGUGGCUCCAUCUGUUGGCGCGUUCCAGGCUGUCUUGGCGCAUUUCCAGGAGGGGAAGGCCCGGUCGUCGGCGGGGGUUCAGGACGUUGGCAAGAGGAAGAAGGUUCGCGUUAUGGGUUUCUGCCUCGCCGAGGCCGUGAGGAUGUCGCAGCGCGAGUUCAUUGCCGGGGCGAGGAGCUUAACGAUCAUGCAAGACAGCCGGAAGCACAAGCUCCUCAUGCGCUUCAAGGCGGCCAACGACGACCUCGACGUCCGCGAGGGGGUGCUCGGCCACAUCCAGCUCAAGCAGGGGGCAGGUGCAGAUGAUUUGAUGAAGGCGUCCAUGCGCAUCAUCACCAACUUCUGCACGCCGCUGCUCGGCGCGCCGCGCAACAGGGCUCCGAGGGUGAAGGUCGACCAGGCGCUGCUCAAGGCGGUGCUGCACAAAAUCGAGCGCUACGCCGCUGACGCCGCCCCGGACGAGCAGCUCGCUGGCAACUUGCUUCGCGGCAGGCCGUACCGAGCGCCAUCGGUCAAAGAGAUGUGGUCGCCUCUGCCAAAUCUGCGCAUCGUUUCUCGGGAGCAUUUCAUUGUCAACAUGCGGAUCAAAGACAUGAGCAUGUGCGCUUGCCGUUUUGACAGCCACUCGAAGCCGACGGGCCGCGGGGUGCUCUUCUACGAGCCGUGCUUGCUCACUGCGAUGCAGAUCGCGCAGGUCCGCAGAGGCAGCUCGGAGGGUGACAUUGCCGCCGACUUCCUGGACUACGUGGACGAGGAGAAGUUGCUGCAGCUGGGGAUGCUUGCCGACGCUGGGGACGAGGCUUUGGCGCACACGCGGAUCUGCGAUGCCGACGACUUAGACGAGGCGGAGUUGCCGAGCCACAACGCGUUUUUCUUGCAGCGCAUCGCCAUGCUCUUCGUCGAGUCUCAUUGCUACGACCUCGGGUACACGAAGUUCGUGCACGAUGCCUUGGUGAGGAGGCCAGUGACGAUCUUUGUGCGGGGCCAUCCGAGGACCAUAGGCGGCCCCGGCAGCGUGACGCCCGAGAUCAAGGAGCGCUGCAGAAACCGCAUGGUUGCAUGGUGCCGCCUCGCUCAGGCUACUGUCAAGGCCGAAUGGCCAGAUUUCGAAGUGAUGGCAGCCUUUGACGCUUUCAACUUGCAGACUGUUGGGCGACACGCGCCGGAGACGAAGACUGCCAACAAGGCCCACUGCGAAAUGAUUGCGAACACGCUUGGCCUCGACCUCCCCGCGUUGCUGAAUGGGUAUUCAAGCGUGCUUCCGGUCGCUUUGCAGAAGAAGAAAGCGAGCCUUGGUCUUUCCAACGUCGAGGCGUGGAAGAUGGCGAUGUCCCAGUUUAAGGCUGCGCGCAAGGAGACGACGCAGAUCUCAGCACUUCGUGCAGCCCUUGUCCGGUAUGCUGCGUGGGUCGGGUCCUCCAGCCGAGUGGAAAGAUCGUUCAAGCAGUUUCAAUGGGCGGUGGAGCAGCGGCGCAGUUCUUGCUCUGACGCGUUGGAGAACGAUGAGAUCCAACUUGUGUGCUGGGAGAAGUGCAUGGACAAGUCGACGAUUGCGGAGGUUGCUCAAGUAGUGUGGCAGCUAUGCAAGUACGGCAACCCUCGCACCCCAGGGCCAUGGGGCCGCGUCGACAAGGGGGUCUCGAAGAAGAACAUCAAGCGCAAGGCCGCCGCGCUGAUGGACUCCGAGAACGUACGGCGUGAAUCGGUGCGCGGCGGCGGGUGGACUGAUUCCCACAGCCGCCAAGAGACCACCUUGAAACAUAAGCGAAUGGAGUACUUCGUGGACAGCAUCAUGGAUGGGACGACUUCUGUGAAAGAUUUGAGCGAGGAGAUGUGCCACGUCGUCCUCCAGGAGGUGGAGCGUCGAAGGAAGGCGUCGCUAAGCCGCAGUGCGAAGUGGCGGCGCAAUGGGGAUGCGUUCGCAGGGCCGAAGCGGAGUCUCGAGGGGUUGCGCUUGUUUGUGGAGAAGGACGUGGACGUUUGCGAGGUCGACCUCGUUCGCAGCAUCAGGAAGGACAACAUGGCGCGAACUACGGACCGGUCCCAAGCUGACAUCUACGUGGUUGGCAUGCCUGCUGCAGUGUCUCAGCGCACAGGUUGGGCGCGCGCGAUGAGGGGCGGGGUCGUGUCCACGCUGGAGUUCGCGAUGUCGCACGCCGAGCAGGGGACUGCGAUAGCUUACGAGUGCGCGGCCAAGAAGCGCAGGCAGGUCUUCGCCGCCGACAGCUUCAUCGAGGCCCACCCGGUCGUGUACGAUGUGAUUCACGCGUGCUCCACCAUGCAGGGCAAUACUUGGACGUGGCUGAAGUCGGCCAACGACGUGAGGGACAAGAGCCUCACCUUGAAGCAGGCGGGGCGGGAGGCGGAGUUGCUGGCGCUGGUCUCGCCCAGGGAGAAGCGCGACCUCCCCGAG